AUGACGUUGGACAAUAAAUUAGCGACGCGUUGUUCGAGAGGUACAGUUAGGAGUCUAUAUAGGAGACCGAAGACAGAGUUCCUCAAACAUUCAUCUCUGCUACUGCGGAAGAUGAUACGUGCAUUAAUUUCGUUGCUUUCGGUGAGUCUGUUGGUCUUGCCUCCAGUCACGUCGUAUGCGAAAGUGUCGAAGAACGGCCAAGAGGAGACGGAGGAUAGAAAGGAUUCGGUAACUUGGAUCGUCAGCAAUGGAACGCAGAGUGAAUCUAGAAGUAUCAAAAAUAUCGCCAUCACUAUGUCACCAGUGUACAUUCCGCCGAAAAUCCCGAACCUGAAGAAUGGCGAAGCGGUGAAUUAUUCUCCAGCAAGAUACUCGACAUUGGACCACGAAAUGUUAUCGAAAUUGAACCAGAAGAAACAGAUUCAGGAUAGGUAUCAUCCAGCGCCGCUGAGUUCCUUCAAAAACAAAGAUCCACCGAGUGACACGAAGGACUCCUCGAAAUCUGUCAGUCGUCCAAAUAUUCCACCCACCAGCCCAUCAUCCUCGAGUAUGUUUGACUUUUCCAAGCCAACGUUCUCGGAGAGCUACGACUACAAGCCGCCAGAUUAUUUGAGCAGUAAGCCGAUUUCGAAGCCGCCGGAUUACCUCAAUGACAAACCCAUCUCGAAGCCGAUAUCGAUGGACGAUUACGCUGAUUCGGAGAUAAGUGACAAGCCACCAGAUUCCUACAAACUGGAUUCCUACUACUCGUCUCACGACCCCGAGUCCGAUUACCACGAUUAUCCUCCGGACACGUCGUACAACAAUGACGCAUCACCGAAACCGAUGGAGUAUUCCGGUCAUCUGGAUCAUCCUUCCUACGAAGAGCCCAACGGCGACAACUUUUACGGCCACCAUCACGACUUCGAUCACGAGCUGAUCUAUGAUCACAUUCCAGAAUAUCACGAGCACACCGAGCCGCCAGAAAUGAACGAUCAAAGACUGGACAAAAGACCGUACUCGUACUACUUCAUAGGGAAGAAGCUGUGGUACGUUCCGCUAUACUUCAGCAUCUACUUUGUCAUCUACAUCGCGGCACUGGUGUUGAAGAGUAUAGCCAGGCACAAGAUCACGUUCCCCGCUCAUUUGGCGGAAGCUGUGGGACACUCUAGAUCGUAUAACGAUUUCAGCUGGUGGGAUUUCACCGGCGAUAUUCUACAGAGUAUCGAGGGUUUCACCGAGAAGUAUGCAAGAAUUUCUUAG